CGGCUGCAAAUGUCAAAACAAAUAUGAGAUUAGUUCGAUGCUGUAAGUGAUGAACAUUUUGCGAAGGAAUUUGUAUUUUUCUCGUGAAUAACACUUAAAAUCUGCGACAAUGGCAGGUUUGACAGAUGUCGACAGCCCAUUUGUGAAAACGGAAAAAGCAUGCAAAAUAUGUGGCACGUCCGAAGGAGAUAUGGAAUCUAUAUUUUGCGAUGCGGACGAUACACGAAUGCUGAACAAAAUUUAUAAGUGCACCCGAGUAGAGAUCACCCCAGUAUGUGGUCUUAUAUCGCCUAUUUGUGAAAGUUGUCGUCAGAGAAUCGACGCGUUUGAUGAGCACUCCAAACCCAAGGUGGUAGAGUUUGUAAUCAAAAAUGAAGCAGAGCAGGAUGCAAUGGAAUACGAUCCUUUUAGUUUUCAAGAUCCCAUGGCGUCAGGUGACCAUCAGGGCACAGAUAUCUUCGAAGACCUCUCUUCUAAACUAGAAGUAAGGUUGGACGAAGCACCACCCGAGGAAGUUGUGAGAGAAGAGAAAAAGAAAAAACCUACUCGAAAGGCUAAGAAAAAACCGGAUAUUUUGCCUGCUAAGGUAGAUUCACCAACACCCAUUGAAUUGGAUCAAGAUUCUCCAACCGAGCAUGAAAGUAAAGAUAACGAGAAGGAAAACGUACCGAAAUCCCGUGCGAGUCGCAAGGCCAAGGAGAAAGCCACCGUAAGGGCAUCUUCCGACGUUGAUUCUAGCGAUUUUGAGUGGCAAGGUGGAGAUGAUUUCGGCGAUGAUAACGAUGAGAAGUACGGCAGUAGUACUUCAGAAGACGAGAAACCCCUGAAGAAGCGUAAACAAGAAACGAAAAAGAUCAGUUUAACAAAGGCGGGCAAACGUCGAGGACGACCACCGAAACCACGUACGGAGGGUAAAGAUCUGAAGAUACCGGAAGAAUGUAAAAUCUGCGGUCGGGUUGUGACAUACAUGAGAGAACACAUGCGACAGCAUAAAAUAGACAAGCAACAUAAAUGCCCGUACUGUGAUCGAAUGUUUGUUCAGGGAAACAAUCUUAAAUAUCACAUACGAAAACAUUUAGGGGAGAAGCCUUUCUCGUGUAAUCUGUGCGAUAGAACAUUUUACUGUGCGCCGCAUUUGAAGUCCCAUAUGCGCGUUCACGGUCCCCAAGGUCUAUUCCAGUGCGACAAAUGUCCGAAAACCUUCAACCAAGAGGGCAAUCUGAAAAAACAUAUUCGUGUUCAUACAGGUGAAAAACCAUACAAAUGUAUGAAAUGCAAUAAAGCCUUCAACAGCACAUCAAAUUUGAGAAAUCAUCAACGAUUGCAUUCCGAUGAAAAAGCAUUCACGUGUGAGCAUUGUGCGAAAAGUUUCGUGGACAUUCAUCAUUUACAGCGACACGUUCGAGUUCAUACAGGACAACGCCCGUACAUCUGCCAUGUUUGUUACCACGCUUUCAAUUGCCAGAAUGGAAUCAGAGAACACUUGAAAAAGCACACAUCGCAGCCGGACAGAUACGGAAACAGUUGCAUGAAUUAAUAAACUGGAAAAUUGUAUUCACUGAAA